UCCCACCCACAAAACCAACAACCAGAAAGACCCUUCAACAAGUCCCAUAGACUACCAUCUCACUACUCUCUAGCCAUGCAGCGAGCCGUCGUUCGAGUCUGCAGAACAGCAGCGUCCAGACCCGCAAAUCUCUCCCGCGCACGCUACCUUCACCACCUCAACCGUCAAGUCUCACCAACCCAUGAACAACGCAUUGCAGCACACCACGGUCGUCGUUCAGGAGCAGCCGGAGCACUUUUGCGACAGGUUUGCGUCGUUCCUGUUGUAGCGGGUGUACGGUAUGUGAGUAAAACAGUCAAAGUCCCAACCAUGGCGGAAUCCCUAUCUGAAGGAACCCUCAAGCAAUGGACAAAACAAGUGGGUGAUUUUGUUGAACGGGAUGAGGAAGUCGCGACGAUUGAAACGGAUAAGAUUGAUGUGAGUGUGAAUGCACCGGAAGCGGGUACCAUCACGGAGUUGUUGGCGCAAGAGGAGGAUACGGUUGAGGUGGGUCAGGAUUUAUUCAAGAUGGAGCCUGGUGAGGGUGGUAGUGCAAAGACGGAAGCUGCAAAGGAGGAGACGAAAGGUGCUGCUAAGGAUAAGGCCGCAGAGGAGAAGAAGGAGGAUAAGAAGGAAUCGAGCGCGACGCCAGAGGAGAAGAAGGAUUCCUCCUCAAAAGCUACUGAGGCGAAGCAGGAAUCUGCACCACAGCCAGAGAAGAAGCAACAACCUGCACCACAGCCAAAGAAGCAGGAAAGUCUCGGUAACCGUUCCGAGAAGCACGUCAAGAUGAACCGCAUGCGAUUGCGUAUUGCAGAGCGUCUCAAGGAAUCUCAGAACACGGCUGCCUUCCUGACCACCUUCAAUGAAGUCGACAUGGGUGCCGUUAUGGAGAUGCGAAAGCUGUACAAGGACGAGAUUGAAAAGAAGCACGGCGUGCGUCUUGGUUUCUUGUCUGCUUUUGCGAAAGCGUGUUGUCAGGCAUUCAAGGAAGUACCUGCUAUCAAUGGUGCCAUUGUGGGUCCUGGUGCCGGUGACACGAUCGUCUAUCACGACUAUGUCGAUUUAUCUGUCGCCGUGUCAACAGCAAAAGGUCUUGUGACGCCUGUGGUGCGAAACAUUGAGUCGCUCGACUUUGUUGGUGUUGAGCGCGAAAUUGCUGCACUGGGUGCCAAAGCGAGGGACAAUAAGUUGACGCUGGAGGAUAUGGCUGGUGGUACCUUCACCAUUUCCAAUGGUGGUGUAUUUGGUUCGUUGAUGGGCACACCCAUCAUCAACUUGCCACAAACUGCUGUGCUGGGAUUGCAUGCCAUCAAGGACCGACCUAUGGCAGUGAAUGGCAAAGUGGAGAUCAGGCCCAUGAUGUACCUGGCAUUGACGUAUGAUCACAGACUUGUGGAUGGCAGGGAAGCGGUGACGUUCUUGAGGUUGGUGAAGGAGUACAUUGAGGACCCUAGGCGACUUCUCUUUUAA